UUGAGCACACUCCGAACAUAGAGAACAUAUUUCUCUGUUCCCAGUUUUCCAGUCUCCACCGUAUACUUGACGCUUUCUUCAAGUACAACUAUAAAAGCGACGCACGUCUAUUUUGAGGACUGAAUUUUGUCGCUCAAAGUUCCUCGAUCUUCUCCGAUCGCAUUUUUCUGCCAUGGCUAACGCAGCAUCAGGAAUGGCAGUGCAUGAUGACUGCAAGCUAAAAUUUUUGGAAUUGAAAGCAAAAAGAACAUACCGUUUCAUAGUAUUCAAGAUCGAGGAGAAGCAAAAGCAGGUAAUUGUGGAAAAGCUUGGUGAACCAACUUUAACUUAUGAAGACUUCACUGCAAGCCUUCCAGCUGAUGAGUGCCGAUAUGCUGUCUAUGAUUUUGACUUUGUGACUCAAGAGAAUUGCCAAAAGAGCAAGAUUUUUUUCAUUGCUUGGUCCCCUGACACAGCAAGGGUGAGAAGCAAAAUGAUUUAUGCUAGCUCCAAAGACAGGUUCAAGAGGGAAUUAGAUGGCAUUCAGGUAGAGCUGCAAGCAACUGAUCCAAGUGAGAUGGGGCUUGACGUGUUCAAAAGUCGUGCUAAUUAAAUCAAAUUGUUCAAAUUUGCAGAAAAGAACGAUAAAUUCUGUGUUUUUUACUUGCUAAAAACUGACACCUGGCUAGCCGUGAAUUGGUCUGAUGUUGAAAUUUUAUCACAUAGUCGUGUCUCUGUCCAGAACAGAUUCUAUCAUUCUUCUCUUCUCUGAUCUUUUAUGAAAUCUCUGGAUCUGGAUUACCAUCAAUUGAUUUGGUUUCUAUAAUUUGGAAAUGUAUAUUUAUUGACUUCUC